CAAUUGUUAAAACAAAGUGUAAACUUGUAAACGAUAUGUGUACUAAAUUUCAAAUGACCUUCUGAUUUACGCAGUUAUAUCAAGGUGCUCACGCAAAACAAUUCACAUAGCAAACAAGGAUGUUAAUGUAAUAGUUGCGAUAGUAAUCUUCUACAAACGGAAAGUCUCGUUGCGAGCCAUACUGACACCGUUGUGAAAAGUAUUUAAGUCUGCUUUGAAUAUUGAAAUUCAUUAGAAAACACUAGUAUCUAAACACUGACAGUGUAACGUGAAAGAAAAUGAAAAUAUCUUUAGUAAGCGCGCUUUUGGUCUGCUGAUAUAUGACAAUUUCAAAAGCAAACGAGGUGUGCCUCAACGAGACGGAAUAUGAUUUCUACAUGAUGGAGAACCUUGUGACGGACUUUAAAAAAAGACUCGAGUCUUUGAAAGAAAAUUUCAAAGAGAUGGUACAUGCAAAAUGUCAAAAAACGAAAUGUCCUCAAAGCUCUUGCGCUGAUGAUUGGGUUUCUUACAACGGAUCUUGUUACCUCUUUGAAACUUUUCCAGCUCGUAAUUUUGAAGAAGCAAGGGCGUUCUGCAAACAAAGAGAGUCUGAAUUGUUGUAUGUACAAGAUGCGGCGGAAAAUGCGUUUAUAGUCAGAAUGCUGGGCCGCUUGAAAUCAAGUGCGCAUUGGCUAUUGGGAUUGACUGACCAAGGCUCUGAAGGAAAGUGGAAAUGGAUCGACACAAGUGCUCCAGCGACAUUUAUCAAAUGGGCUCCCGGUCAACCGGAAGGUCGCACAAUACAGAAUUGCGUAGUGUUCAGCAUUGCCGACUCAAAUCGUUGGCAUGACGCAGAAUGUACUAAGAAAUAUUCAGUUAUCUGCAAAAAAGUAAAAUAGACAGCAGGAAGACAACAACAUAUAUUUGUUCAUUGACGUAUCUAUCGUUAUUUCCGUUAUGUUACUAAAGACACUUUCACACAAUAUUAUGUAAUGAAUGGCGACGAGCAAAACAUUUGUCCGAUCUUAUACUACUUUAUCAUUAUUAUAGAUAUGGAGUAAUUUCUCCGUCACUUUCUUUCUUUUUUGUUGCGAAUUCCAAAACGAUGCUCAAUGACAAUAUAUAGUAGAACAUUUGUUGUUUGUUUUUACGAUAUUAAAGUUAAAGCUAUGACGUAUGAUGUUGUUCUUUAUGACUAUAUUACACAUAUAGUGAACCAAAAAAGAAACUUUCGCAAAGUAUGUGCCAGUUGUUCAAGUGUACCACUUAGAUGUACACGCUUAUAUACAUGUAUUAGCUUGUAAAACUCGUUUUGUUUGCAAAAUCGAUCAGCUAAUCCCCGUAUAAAAGCCCGAUAUAUUUAUUCAACGUAAAAAUCGAGUUUCAAAAGGAUUGAAAAACUGUACUAACCUAUCCACAUUCAAACUUGGAGAAAGUUUCUUUUUUGUUUCAGUAUAUUUUCCAUAGAUAUCAUGUAUAUAUAUGUGUGUAUGUUUAAAAAAAACUUUCUACCAAUUUCGGGUGUAUGUGUUAUUUUCAGAAUCGUCUUGCACUAUUCACAAUGAUUUAUUUCUGUUAUAUGUGUACAAUGAUGUUCUCUCGUAUCAUUCUGACCACAACAUUAUGAAAUUUAUAAUUUUGGUUUUGCAUUGAGAAUGAUGAUUUCAUCGUCUUGUUAUGCGGAUAACAUUUUAUUCUAAAUGGAUAAUAAGUAAAUAGUGUAAUUUGUAAAGUGUUUCGUAUAUGCUUUUAUUUUAUUAAACACACACAAAAACUGUACGUUAUUUUAAAUUAUAAAUAAGAUUAAUCUAAAUCUAAAUAACUUAUCUAUCAGAAAUUUAA